UUUUCUGCUCAUUUUCUUCCUGUCAUUCUCUCUCAAUCUUUCUCAGAGCUCUAAUUUCAGCACGGCACCUCUCCACAUCCAUUCGCGCGUCGGCGGAGCGCACUCGGGGUGGAUUUCUUCUUCUUUGCGCUACUUUUGCAUACUGGCUCUGCUUCCCGUCUGAACUUAUUUGAUAGGUGCAGAACACCAUGGCCGUACCGGCUGCUCUGAUUCCCCCAUCGUCUCUGGUCCAGCCGUGUCCGAUCUCAACUUCUUCGUCAGCAUCAUCAGCAUCAUCAUCAUCAUGUUCCGCGACCGCAGCAUCAUCAUCCUCGCCCUCGGCCACUUCUGCGUCUCCUUCUCAGUCAGCGACUCAGAAUCUGUUCCGCACGGAUCUGAUCAGCACCAACACCAGCAGCAUCCCACUGGGCGGCAAGCCCGUGUAUUCUACCCCGUCCCCUGUUGAAAACACCCCGCAGAAUAAUGAGUGUCGGAUGGUGGAGCUCAGGGGCGCCAAGGUGGCCUCUUUCACGGUGGAAGGACAGGAGCUCAUCUGCCUGCCCCAGGCGUUUGACCUGUUUCUCAAACACCUGGUCGGGGGUCUGCACACCGUCUACACCAAACUCAAGCGGCUGGAGAUCACGCCGGUGGUGUGUAACGUGGAGCAGGUCCGCAUCCUGCGCGGACUGGGGGCCAUCCAGCCCGGGGUCAACCGCUGCAAACUCAUCUCCAGAAAAGACUUCGAGACCCUCUACAACGACUGCACUAACGCCAGCUCAAGACCCGGGAGGCCUCCAAAACGGACCCAGAGUGUGACAUCGCCGGAGAACCCUCACAUCAUGCCGCACUCGGUGCCGGGCCUCAUGUCGCCGGGAAUCAUUCCCCCCACAGGCCUCACAGCUGCCGCUGCAGCAGCUGCGGCCGCCACCAACGCCGCCAUCGCAGAGGCCAUGAAGGUGAAGAAGAUCAAACUGGAGGUGAUGAGCAGCUACCACGGAAGCAACACCCAGCACGGGGCCGACUCAGACAACGGAGACCUCAGCUCCAGUGUGGGCUUGGAACUGCCGUUUAUGAUGAUGCCCCACCCCCUGAUCCCUGUCAGCCUGCCUCCCGCAUCCGUCACCAUGGCGAUGAGUCAGAUGAACCACCUCAGCACCAUCGCCAAUAUGGCCGCCGCAGCACAGGGACAGAGUGCCCCAUCCCGAAUGGUGACAUCAGUGAUUAAGGAACGGGUCCCCGACAGUCCCUCCCCUGCCCCCUCUCUGGAAGACGGCAGGAGGCCGGGGAGCCGUCCCUCAUCCCAGCGCAGCAGCAGCGUCUCCAGCUCUCCCGCUCACACGGAGAGCUCCUCCGACAGAAUGCCUGUGCAUCAGAACGGACUGUCGAUGAACCAUGCGUUACUGGGCCUGUCUCCCAGCAUCUUACCUGGGCCUAAAGAGGGCGAUCUGGCAACUCACGACAUCGGCCACGAGGCCAAGAGAAUGCACCUGGAGAAAGGCGGAAGGCAGGGCUGGGGAAGUGUUGGAGAGGGUGAUAAUGACAUUAAAACCACGGUGGAAAUCACUGGGCUGCGCAUCCCCUACUGGAUCUGCCCGGAGAGGAGGCGCUGUGUAGGUCUCUCCCAUAGACCGAGCAAGCCUGUGAAUCAAAAAGAAACCCCCAUGUGCACGCCAACAGCAAGAGACAGUUAUGAGAGGCUCUCGUUGGCGGGUCAGACUUUACCUCCAGGAUUCCCCUCACCCUUCCUCUUCCCUGAUGGCCUGUCAUCUAUAGAGACCCUUCUGACUAACAUCCAGGGUUUGCUGAAGGUAGCAAUUGAUAACGCCCGCGCUCAGGAGAAACAAGUGCAGCUGGAGAAGACAGAGCUGAAGAUGGAGUUGUUUAGAGAGCGAGAGCUCAGAGAAACCCUGGAGAAACAACUGGCUGUUGAGCAGAAGAACAGAGCGAUCAUUCAGAAGCGAUUGAAGAAGGAGAAGAAAGCGAAGAGGAAAUUGCAGGAGGCGCUGGAAUAUGAGUCAAAACGACGAGAGCAGGCGGAACAAUCCCUGAAACAGACAUCACCCACAGAAAGUCUCAGAUCACUCAAUGACUCGUUGACCCAGGAGAUAGAGACUGACCGCAGCAGUGGCAGAACAGAUGCUGAGAGGACAAUACAAGCAGAUGGAAGACUUUUUCUGAAAACCACGGUGAUGUACUAACAGCAUGGCGAUGAAGACUGGCGGCGUGUAUCUUAUGAAGAUUCUCCAGAGUCCCCUAGCAGGGUAAUUUAGUUGCAGAAACAGGUCAAUCGCUCAUAGAGGUGCAUCAAGGGUUUAUGCUUGGCCCGAUGUGGAAGACGGAUUGUGUCCGAAUGUAGUAUUAGGGCUCUUAUUCUCACUGAUAUAAACGUUAUAUUAUGCCAGAUGUGGGUUUGGAUAUGAUAAGUUGGCGAAGGCGACAAUUUGAGCACAGUAAAAUGUACCGUUCGGUACACUUGGUGAUAAUAUUUACAACAAAUUCACAGCACUGAAGAUUUUUUAUACUGUAUUUAAACCAGCGAGAAAGCUUCGAAAAUUCAAUCUGAUUCAGAGGUUUUGUUUUGUAUUAAAAAAGAAGAAAAAAAAAACAUAAAUCCUUAAUGUCAUAACUAUUUGCCAAGAUGUUAAAGAUCCAAACUUGGAGAAGAACCUCUGAAAAAUGUGAAUUUGGAUAUAUGUUGAUCAACAGAAAAGACUAAUAUUUGCUUUUAAUGUUUUCUAAACUAGAAGAAAAAAAACAAUCAAGUUUCAUUUCUAUCAUUAUUGUAUAUACAAGAACAGAAGAUAGGUUAACUCACUCACUUUGGUAUUUGUAUAUAAUGUUAAAAGUUGGUAUUGUGUAUGCAGUAGAUCUAUUAGGAGAACAAUACCAACGUUUAUAUUGAAUUUAUAGAUUUGUUUUGUUUCUGAGCCAUCAUUCUUUCAAUUCGCUGCCACUAUGGUGAGGAAGCAUGCAGGCAUGUAAAUGUGUUGUCCUGAAUUCAUGUUAUUCAAUAAAUACUUAACUGUGCUGAACAAAUGUACUUAGGGUUUAUUCACUCACACCCAGUAAAAGUUGAUGAACACUACUGUCUUUUCAACAGCUACAUUUUCAAUUUGCAGUAUCAUGAAUCAGAAUCUUGUAUGGAUUGAAUCUCAAGUUUAUGGAAAAGUUGUACAGAUCGCCAAAUGUUACUGACCAUCAAUGCACUCAAUUAGGUGUAUUUAUUUCAGUGAUAGGCCACUUUAAAUAACAAGUAUUCAAUGUAUCAUUUCAUUUAUUUAUUAUACUGGUCAAUAGUUUAACUAACAUGCAACAGGUUCCCAUUGGAAAGUUGCAGACAAAAUAGUAUUAGACCAUUUGUUAAUCUGAUAUAAAAAGGGAAGAUAACUGGAAAAUAAUUCUUCAUAACUUCCCAAUGUGGAUGAUAUUUGAUUAAAAAAAAAAUGCAAAUUGAAUUUAGAUUGUUUUUUAUAUCAAAUUGCUUAAUUGUAAUAAUAAUAAAAAUAUAUUAUAUAUUUUAAUAGAUUGUUGGCAACACGUUGUUGACAACAAAUCCAUUUAUUAUUAUGAUGCUUAUUAUUAUUGUUAUUAUUAUUAUUAUUAAAAUAUUCUCAAUUAUUUGAUAGAAUUUUUAACAAUUGUCUGCAAAGAUGACAUCCACACUAGUUCUUCACAUACUUUACAGAAUUUUUUUCCUUUAUAUAAAGACAAAAAUCAAGAAAUCAUGGCAAUACCAAACUGUCACAUUUAAAUAAAGAGUGAAACAAUUCAGCCGGAUGAGUUAAAUUACACUGUGCUAAUUAAUGGUAAUAUUAAAUAUAUUAAAUAAUAGAUUACAGGCUUUUAUUGUACCGAGUAGAUGAUGAUGAUGGUGAUGAGGCACUUACUGGAUAAUCAAGAAAAAAUAUGUGUUGAAAGGAUCCUUUAUUAGAUGGACGUAUCUAAUGUUACGGGGCAGCUAUUUAUACUAUAAUCAUAGACAUUAUUUUGUCACACAUUUGUCCUCAGUCUGUAACAAUUCAAAUGUUUAUUGUGUUAAACUACAUGUUAAAGUAUCUUUUACCUCAUCAAUGAGGACUUGCCUUUAAGUUUCUUUUUAUGUGAUGUAAACACUGUAGCAAGAUUUAUGGACAUAUUGUUCCUUAUUUCUUUCUAUGGCAGUAAAGGAAACGUAUAAAUAUUGAAAGGAUGUCUUGUUUUAAAGUGCUUUUCCCUCUUUUCUGAUCAUGUCUCCUGUAAUGACACAGUAUGUAAGAGAGAGUGUGUGUGCGUGAGUGUGUGUGUGUGUGCGCACACUGAAGUGUAUCUGUGUGGAGCUGCACGAGUGUGUGUCUGUUUUCUAUUCUAUGGUGUCAUAUAUGGUAAUAAAAUAUUUGUGAGUCAAUGAUUAUUAGACUAAGCUCUUUUGCGAAUGAAUCACUGUCAUUAUAAACAACUUGAGAGAGUUUAUGGGUGUUGACUUUAUCAUCAAUUGUCAAUGUUUAAAGCAGUUAAACUCUUGAAUCUAUGUAAUUUUACCAUGGUUCAUCCAGACGAAUCCUGCCAGUGUAUCCUAAUAAAGAGACUGCAAAUUUUCAGCCGCAAAACAAACGUCACGUAUGAUAUUACAUAAGCGGCGUGCUUAUAUUUUAAUCUGAAGGGCAAUCAAAAUUGUUCAUGGUUGAGUUGUAAAACAUGUGUUACUGAGCAAUGACAAUAUCUAGCAGAAUAAAACCACUCAUGCUUAGUACAGUGAGCACACGGCUCUACACAACACAUGACUGAGAAAUAAUACCUUUCAUUCAUUCCAGCUGAAUGAGCACAAUAUUCCAGGGAAAAGCCACAUAUUCAAAAUGUGUUUGAAGAAAGAAGGAAACAAGAAGAAACUUACAUCUCUUCAUUUAAGUUAAUUACUUAUUGAUAAUCUGUUAGUAUUGAGCCAACCAAAUCAGGGCUAUUCCUGUUAUGCAGUUCAUUUUCAUGCUUCCAUCAUAUACAGUACUAGAUAAAUAAAAUCACAGUUUGUAAAGAUGUAAAUCAUUUUAGUUAUUUUUAUUUCAUUUUAAUAUAAUUAAGUGAACAUGGGUGUGAGUUUUAUCUUUUUUUUUUUUUUUUUUUGAAUGGCCCAGGCUGCUUCUAAGAUAAAAUCAUCCUGAUUAAAAAAUAAAUAAAAGUGUUUUUUAAUUUGUACUUCAUCUAAUGAAAAUGUACUUGGUUAUGUUGUUUUAAUUGGUAAUCAUUUUAUAAAUUUGCCCUCUUUCACUUUCUGGUUUAAAAAAAAAGAAAAAAAAGUUCCUUAAUGGCAUCAUCCUUCAGGAAGUGAGAUGGGAAACACAAACAUCUGUAAGUAUUAAUGAUGGAUUUGAUAAUUCCUCUUAAUUUUACAUUGCUAGCUGGUUUGUCUCACUUUAAAACAUUCCAUUAUGAUCAGAAAGUCAAUAUAUUAUCACUAUAUAAGUUUUUGAACUCAACUGAACCCACAC